AUGAAAGCUAACUAUGGGCUGAAGUGGAAGGCUCUGGCUUCGGUGAGUGCUCGUCAAAUACCCUGGAAGACAAGUGAAAUUAAGGAGCUGAUAAGAGCGGAUCGUUUUAGAGAUAACUGCCAAUGUUCCAAAUGUAUUCAUCCCGACACACUACAAAGAGCCAGUGACACAUUCUCAAUCCCAGAAGAUGUCAAAGUUGAAGACCUUCGCAUAUACCACGAUAGGAAGGUUGUGAUCAACUGUAAGUAUUUCACGAUAUAUGACUCAAUACCGCUUCUGACCGAUAUAUUAGGGAGUGAUGGUCACAAAGCUAUCUAUCCAUUAGGCUGGCUUGUUGCGCAUCGGCAGAACAAGAUAGCAGAAGCCAAACAAGGCCAUGAACCAAAAACAUACGAGCUCAAAGAUCUUCCAUCCAUAAACAGGAAAGGUACACUUUACAAGGCCGGAGAUCCAUAUCCUGAGGUCCUGUACGAAGAUGUUAUGUCAAAAGAUUCGUCUGUAUCAGAAUGGCUUGAGAAAAUCUAUGAUAUGGGCUUUUGCUUCGUUAAAGAUGUCCCAGUCAAUCCCAAGGCCACCAAAACUCUCAUAGAGAGAAUAGCGUUCAUCCGACAUACCCACUACGGCGGAUUUUGGGACUUCACAGCGGAUUUGAGCUUCAAGGAUACUGCGUAUACCAACGAGGCCCUCGGUGGCCAUACUGACAACACGUACUUCACCGACCCAGCUAGACUCCAACUCUUCCACAUUUUGUCUCACACUGACGGUGAUGGAGGGCAUAACCUACUAGUUGAUGCCUUUGAAGCAGCUCGUGUACUGCGUAGUGAGGAUCCAAAGCUAUUUCAAGCUCUAGUUUCAGAGAGACACCCGUUCCACGCAAGUGGAAACGAAGAUGUCUGCAUCCAACCAUCUGCCCGAGCUCCAGUUUUUAAUAUCCAUCCGGAUACGGGUUCUCUCUACCAAGUUCGCUGGAACAACUACGAUCGGGCCCCUAAGACUGACUGGGCAGUAGAAGAGCAGAAAGUCUGGUAUAAGGCAGCUCGGCGAUAUAACGAGAUUGUUAAUCAGCCGUCGAGUCAAAUUUGGACACAGCUGAAGCCAGGCAACGCCCUGAUUUUUGAUAACUGGAGAAUGUUGCAUGGUCGAUCCGAAUUUACUGGGAAGAGAAGGAUGUGCGGUGGUUAUGUAAAUAAUGAUGACUUUAUCUCACGGUUGCGACUCCUUAAGUACGGACGAGAGAAGGUAUUGAAAUACUUAGGCGUCGUUAGUGGUGAAGAGGGAAACCCAAAUUCAUUUUACUAG